AUGCUCAAUCGCCUUUACGAACAAUACAUGGCCACCCAUGGUAUCCAGAAACCUUCAACGGCAAGCACCUUUCCGCCCAAGGACGGAGAUCUCACCGAAGAAAACUACCAGCCACUGGUCACUUCCAACGAGCCUUUACCGGAUCCCGAAGCCCCUCGUCCCGUUUACCCAGCUUAUACAGGCUACUUCAUGAGCGCCCAUGAUGCUAAGGCAUAUCGGAAACGUAUACGCAUAACUCCCAAAGAGCAUGCACCAGAUGUUGAGCGUGUAAAACAGUAUGGACGUCAGUACUGGGUGCGUCGAAUUUACGAGGCCAUGAUCGACGUCACAGCCAUCAGCGACGGAGACUCGUCCAUUCACCGACUGCGAUUCACAGGAACCCCCGGGUUUGACCCGCAAGACCUCGAAGCUGUAGCACACCACGUCUUCGAUUCGGCCUUGGCUGUGCACGAACGGGGUUGGAACCGACCAAAAAUCUAUCACAAGAAGGUGGUGCGCGGUAAGCUGGCGGACGUGAGCGAGAAGAGCUUGGAAACACGUCUAGCCCGCAUCUGCCUCUGUCUGAAGCAGAAAAAGGCAACGGUCGACGAUGCCAUCCGUGGUGGUGUGACGCUUGCGCUUCUGUGCGACAACCCUGAAGCGAGGGGAUUCACCAAGGUAUCUAACAACACGGGCAACAAGAAGCGGGGCGAGCGGUUGAGGCUUGCGAAGGGGACAGAUCAGAAUGGGCAGCAGCAGCAGCAGCAGCACAGUGGCGAGGAUUGA